GUACGAUCUGUCUAACAGACAGGUGCGCUUCCAUCCGGCGUGGCGGGAAGCUAACGUCAAGCGGCUUGCAGCGCUAUCGUGGCGACACCCAUCGUCGAGGAAAGGAUAACGCCUUAGAUUUACUUUCGAAACGCAUCGAUAAACUUUUUCAAUAAUAUCAUGAGGAAAAAUAUGAAUACUCGUAUCAACGGGGCAAAUGUCAUUCUGGUACCGUAUCAAGAGAAGCAUGUUGUAAAGUAUCACGAGUGGAUGAAGAAUCCGAUAUUGCAAUAUUUGACAGGCUCCGAACCGUUAACGCUGGAAGAGGAGUUCGAGAUGCAAAAGCGGUGGCUCGAGGACGAAGAUACUGUUGCAGAGUGCACGUUUAUUAUUCUGGAUAAGUGUGUCUUUUUGUCCACUGGAAGCGAAACAGAUGCCAUGAUAGGAGACACAAAUUUAUUCUUUAACGAUCUGCAAGAAACAAAUAUUGCCGAAAUAGAGAUUAUGAUAGCCGAUGAAGCAUAUCGAGGCAAAAAAAGAGGCUGGGAGGCUGUUAUUCUUAUGAUGCAUUAUGGCUUCGAAACAUUGAAUAUUAAUAAAUUUCGGGCCAAAAUCAAAUCAGACAAUGUAAUGAGCAUAAAUAUGUUUGAGAAGCUCGGUUUUCGAGAAGUAGAAAAAAGUGAAAUUUUUCAAGAAGUCACUCUUGAGAAACAAGCAUCUUCUGACUGGAUGAACUGGUUACAUUCUGAAUUAAAAUCUGUUAUUCCUAAUUCACAUUGAUUUGCUGUUCAAAAAUUGUUAUUGAUAUACACUAAAUUACUAUACAUAUUUAUAAUUAUACUUUAUAUAUACAUAUGUGGAUAAAAAAUGUAUUAUAAUAUAAAAGUUCUUAAUGUA